UGUCCGCGCCCAUGCAACAUGUGUUGUGACAUUUAGUUGCCAGGCUUUUCUGUCGUUGAUAUAUUUGGAACCAUGUUCACGCAAAAUAUAUGCACAUCAUGCUUCAAGAGACUGGUUUCUAGGUCUUCUUUCGAUGUAUCCAAGUUUGCAAUAACACAAUCGAAUCUUUCGAUAAGGUUACAAUUGAACCGCUUCUUACGAACCUCACAUUCACUUGUGCAGAAAAACAAUCGCUAUUCUGACAAACCCGACACACAGUUACCGGUGAGGUAUUUGUACGUACAUACGUCGAUAGGCCGAUGGGUUGAUAUUCCAGACGGACUGGUGUUUGAUGUCGGGUACGGUGACUCCAUGCCGGACAAGCCGUGGACCCGUGCCACGCCCACUGUCCUCGGGCUCCACUCCACGCCAGGGUCUCAUGAAGAUCUGGGUCCAUUACUGCAGCCGUUUGUAAAACUUGGAUGUAGAGUAAUUGCCCCGAACUUUCCAGGCUUUGAUUACACAGAGGGUAUAAUAUCUCCUUAUAAUGAUGUCUUCACUCACUCCACUGAUGAAAAAGCCGAGUUCGUCAGAGAUUUUCUUCAUAACAUGGGUGUUGAAAGCGUGGACUUGGUAAUUGGUCACGGUGCAGCUUGCAACCCACUGUUACGACUCGCUACCACCAAGGAGACAGCCCACUUGUUUAAGUCAGCAGUGCUAAUCUCCCCUUGGCCUCAUCGACCAUUUCGGGGAAUAAAUCCCUACAGCUUACACCAACGAAUAACAGCACUCUGGGAUCGGCCCGCUCUACGCUUCAUGUGUCGACUACUGGCCAGGCGAGCUGCCAAGUCACUAGGCCUGCAGGGACACAGCAUAAACAGUGUCAUAAGAACAUCUCAGACUGUCACAAACAUGGGCUUUGAUGAGAUUGCAGGCAUACUGAUUGCUGCGGACAUGUUGAUGCUCCCGUGUGCUGUGUUCUACUCUGGUGAUGACAAGUUUAUAGAAGAAGACGUUUACAAGGAGUUCCUCCAUCUGAUGGGCAUCAGUGCUGAUCGAGAGAUGUUGGUUGGGGAGGAUGGCAAGAUCUGUGUCCCUGCUUCUGUGGAGGGCUUCCCGAAGACACUGAGGUUUGAGAGUGGAGGUCAGGACCUCCACACAAGGUACCCCGGACUCAUCAAUGCUGUGUCCUGGAGCCUGCUGCAACAUGUACGUCCUGACGCAAGAUGAUGCGAUGUGUUCACAGCAGACAGUGACUGGAUAGAUAUCUGUGGUUGGAUGACAACUGUGAUCAAUUCUCCAUCUUGAAAUGAAGGUCAUACUGUUUAUACUGAAUAUACAUGUCUGGGUUUCGAGGAUUCAUCAAACUGUAGGACUUCAUCCAACUGAUGAAAUGUAUCCAGAUCAUUAGUUCAAGAUUCAAUAUGCGUGAUUCAGUUGUAAAGCAACUAUGACAAUUUCCCAAUUAUAAACAAUGGUCUUGAUAAAGAUCAAGUGAAUUUUUUCACUUAGAUGAGUGUCUAUAGUGAACAUUGUCUUGAAGAGUGUGCAGUAUAAUUGGUAGUUGCCCAGUUUGUGAGGUCAGGUUGUGGAUGAGUAUAUUUAUAUGCUAGACCUUACAAUCGAGGGAGACCCAGUCAGCAUGUUGACAUUGUCGAGUGAGUGAGUUACCAUUGCUUGAACAUUAUCUCGGGUUGCAUGACAGUGUGUCAGUUUCAUGUGGGAGAACAGCCUGAAGUGAUGCCAGCUGUAGACAUUUACUUCUUUGGGGAAGUGGUGAGGUGAAAUGCUUAACAUUGCCUAGAAGAUUGUUGCAAUUAUAGAGUUAUGUGCAUACAUGUGUGCUUGCAUGCGUGUGUUUUCUUUCUCAUCCCCUUAAUCCAGGGUUCCAAGUAGGGUAAUAACAACUGCCACCCAUUAAUGUCUUUUGGUAUGAUGUGGCCAGGGGAUUGAACCACUGACCUUACGUUGUAUCCACUUGACCACCGAGGUGAAACCCACGAGCAUAGGCAUAAUGAACUACAGACAGUACACUUCACUGGACUGUGGUUUUGCAACAGCUAUAUUCCAGCUUCAUCAUGGCAUCCUGUAAAUAAUCAAGUCUGGGCCAGACAAUGCAGUGAUUGAUCUAUUAGCAGUGUCCAAUGUUGUCAGGGUAGGAGGACAUGCUGCCAAGUCAAACAGCCUGAACAUUCGCCUGGUACAUAAAUAGGUGGCUCGGUGCUGGGGACCAAUUCUUAUCCGGAAUCUCCACACAGCUCACAUGCAAGAUGAGUACCCUGGCCUGCACAUAUAAAAGUGAGACCCGUGAAGAUCCGGGGUAGAAUAGGCUUUAGCAACCCAUGCUUGCCAUAAAAGGCGACUAUGCUUGUCGUAAGAGGCGACUAAUGGGAUCGGGUGGUCAGACUUGCUGACUUGGUU